CGCCACGGCCAGAAGCUCAAAGAAAUUCGGUAUCUAUCGCCCGGCAUGCCGCCCGGUUCUACCAUCUCUUCAACCCAGCCGCGCCAGUCUUCCAAAACCAAGCCCCAGCGUUUCCCGUCCCUUCGUCUUCCCCCCGCGGAGUACCGGGCGCCAGCGACACAGGACGAGAAACUGAAAAUACACCUGAACCUUAGCGAUAAUGGUUUGGACACGAUUGCCAAACUCGCCACAACAUUGAACCACGUACCGGUCGGCCACAUCGAAUACUUAGACUUGAGCCGCAACAACUGGAGCCAGCAUGGGUUGGACCGGCAGUUGGUUCCGUUUUUGCAGGACGUGUUUGUCCAUUUACCUUCAGGAGCGCCGUUUAGUUCAUCUUCAACAAAUCCAGCGCGUCCAGGAAUCAACAACGUAUCUGUUGUGUCGUCGACGCAUAGCCAGCUGUUGCAGCUCGAGCAUUCACAGACGCAGGCGGAUAAUGCAGAUCAAGAACGAACCCGAACCGUGCGACGAAGGAAGGCGAAGUUGUGUUCUCUAAAAGCACUGAAUCUUUCCGGAAACAACGGUUUGUCGAUUUUCGGAGCGGCAAAUUCCAACUCCCGGACGAGAAAGCCAUCUACACCUGCCGCACCUUCCGACGCUGUCCAAAUGAGUGAGAGGGCGUCUUCUCAUCAAUCGCGCCCGAAGCCUCCAGAUAUCACACCUCUGCUUUCCAGCCUCGUCGAGUUGAAUCUCUCCGGGUGCAGCCUAAGCGGCGGAUUUUUCCGGCAGCUUUGCGACUCGCUUUGCGGUGGUUUUGUUUCAUCACGUGAUGAAACAAGUUCUGUUGCAACUACACCCUCGCAACUCCGGAAGCUCGAUCUUUCCUACAACCGAAACCUCCUCGAUAAUCCCAGAGCGGCGAAAAACUUCGGAAUCACGUUGAGCAGGAAUUUUUCCCUAGUCGAGCUGAAGCUCCUUCACACGGGGGUCUGCCUGCAGGAUUUGGUGGCCGGAUUUGGCGACAACGGCGAAACGCGCGUUUCCAAAUGGGACUUGGGGAAGAAUGCAAACUUAGGUGUGGACGACAUGCGGGCGUUCUGUGCACUGCUGGUCCGGAGUUUCGGCUGCACUUCCGGUGGCAGCUCCGCGGGUAGUGGCGCGCUGGAACAAGCAGUAGACCGGGCUACGAUACAACUGGAGGGCCACGGCACAAGCGGAGGUGAUGUUCUGGAGACGAUUCGUGACGUCGAUCAAGGAGAAUCUCCGCGGCGUGAAGCGUUGCCACAGCUACCGCGACGCGAAGUCUCUCUCGGCCUUAGCGACCUCACGAUCGACUCGGAAUCUCACGCGUUUCUCGGCGAGACGCUGUACCAAUUGACAGCAACUUCUAGGGCAAGCGAUCGUAGUUCCACUGCUGCUGCUCUUCCAGCAGCACAAGUAAUCGCGCCUCUCUCGCUUUCCCUCGACCUCACCCGGUGUCGCAUCCGCGGGUCCGAAUGGGAUUUCGCCAGCGACGGCCCUUUGAGUAGCUUGUGUGGAGGUUGUAGUAGAGCGUCAGAAAC